GCCGAAGUCACUCGACGUGAACGUGUCGGCUACGCACUCCUUCGCUGCACUCAGCUGGGCACAGUCGUCUCCGAUCCGCGAUCCACGAUCCUCGGUUCCCCCUCGAUCGACGGGCCCGCCAUCGAGAUCAAUCCGGCCUGGGUGCCUAACCCGACUGUCGCCCGGUUGGUUCCUCCAGAAAAAAGUGAAAGGUGGGAUCUAACGGUACCCGGAUCCGAGGCGCAUAACCGUGCGACGCUGCGAAGUGACCAAAAAAAAAAAACAAACAAGAAACUUGCCGCCCGAAAACUCGUCCCCGAGCCGCAGUGAAGUGAAAAGUGUUCGGCCAGAGAGGAGAAGAUCGAAAGUGACGGGCCCUAUUACGGUGCCAGCCCGCCUCGCCGGUCGUUGGAAAGUGGUGAAAAUCGGGCCCAUUCUCCGUGUGAACUCCGGCGUCCUUUGUUCCGCGCCACGUUCCUCCUUCGCGGCGACCUGUUGCGCCCAAUUUUCCGAUCCGCUCCGACUUUCAUCGGAUUCUCUUUCUGCGUUCUCGCCCCCGAUCUACUUCGAUCAUCUCCGAGACCCGGUUUAGUCGACGGGUAAUCGUUCCCGGAGCAUGAUCGCCCACGGCCAUCGGAAGUAGUCCCCGUCCGCGAUGAACGUUCCGUGGGUCGCCGUUCAUUGACGCCACUUUCGUCCGCUCUUAGUUCCGCGACCGUCAUUCCGGAACCCGGUCACGAUCGCUCGCGGGAAAUGGGCGACAUCCGAGUGCUGGAUCCGCGGAUGGAUCCUCGAUUCGAGUUGAAGCAGCCGCGUCCGUGGCCGCCGAUGUACCGGAACCAUCCGGCGUCCAGGGGGCCGUCGUUCUGCUACCGGCCCGUUCCAUUGGACGCGAUGGCGCAAUGGGUGACGCCUCAUCUGGCAGACUACAACUACGUGCCGGCCAGGAUGAGCGCGUCGAACCCUAACAAGGGCCGCGAUUACUAUUACCUGGCGCCGUUGUACAGGAACGCUAUACCGCCGCCGCAGGGGAUGUCGCCGCUCCAGGUGUCCCCCGUGGCUGUCUCGCCGAGAAUGAUGAUGAUGGAGGCGCCCAGGGGUCGCGCGAAAAGCUCCGGCGGGCUCUGCAGGAGCAGCGUUCCUCCGUGCACCUGCUCCGUGGGCAGGACAAGGUCCCUGGAGGACGUCAGAAGCGAGAUCAGCGAGUGGGAGGACUUCCACGACGAAAACGGCAAUCACCUGCAGAGGAAGAGCCCGAAGAACGGCGUCCCCUGCAGACAGGUGCGCAGGUCUAUGGAGAACCUUUUGGACGUCGAGUCGGUGGAGCAACAGGAAGCCAAUACGUUCGAGAGGGUAGCGAGAAGCUGCAGGAAAGCGGACGAAAAGAGGAACGAGAAGGCGGGAAGGCGCCGCGGCAGCUACAUGCAAGAGCCGAGGCAAGAAUUGGACGCCAGCAACGGCAGCAGCAAUGGCGGAAGGCCGCGAUUCGUUCCCGUAACUGCGCUCGAAGACGUGCAAGCGGUCCGAUGCGCCGAAUUCCACCCCCAUGGAAAAUUAUAUGCCGUGGGAUCGAACUCGAAAACGCUCAGAAUAUGCUCGUAUCCGAAGCUCCACGAUGUCAGGGAGGAUCACCAGACCUAUCAGCCCACGGUUCUCUUCAAGAGAACGAAACAUCACAAGGGCUCGAUAUACUGUCUCGCGUGGACACCGGAUGGGCAAUUAAUGGCCACCGGAAGCAACGACAAGACUGUCAAACUGAUGCGCUUCAAUGCCGACACGUCGAACCUCGAAGGUCAAGAAGUCGAGCUGACGAUGCACGAUGGCACGGUGCGCGACCUGUGCUUCCUCGAGGACACCUCGAACAAGUCGAGCCUGUUGAUUAGCGGCGGCGCAGGUGACUGCAAGAUCUACGUAACCGAUUGCGCGACCGGCACACCUUUCCAGGCGUUGAGCGGCCACAGCGGCCACGUGCUCACGUUGUACAAUUGGGGAGGCGCGAUGUUCGUCAGCGGAUCGCAGGACAAGACCGUCAGAUUCUGGGACCUCAGAACGAGGGGCUGCGUCAACAUGGUCACGCCCGCUACGGUACCUGGCAGCAGGGUUGGCAGUCCCGUAGCGGCGCUUUGCGUCGAUCCGUCCGGACGUCUUCUGGUGUCCGGUCACGAGGACAGUAGCUGCGUCCUGUUCGACAUCCGAGGCGGAAGAACCGUGCAAUGCUUCAAACCGCACGCGGCCGACAUCAGGAGCAUACGUUUCUCGCCUUCCGCGUAUUACCUGCUCACCGGUGGCUACGAUAAUAAGCUUGUUCUUACCGAUCUGCAAGGUGAUCUAACGAUGCCUCUGCCCAGCGUGGUGGUGGCGCAGCACCAGGACAAAGUAAUCUCAGGCCGAUGGCACCCGACGGAGUUCUCGUUUCUAAGCACCUCCGCCGACAAGACAGCGACCCUGUGGGCUCUGCCACCGGUCUAGGAUAUGAGACACGUCAGACACCUGUUCAUCGUACGCAGCGAUCGUUCGCUUUUCGAAACGAUCUCGCGCACCUGAUCAUGAUCGUUCGUUCUUUUGUUCUCGCCUAGACGUAUACCAUUACCUGUAUCCUUUCGUUUCGAUUCGUGCGCAAAAGGAAGGAUACCGGACUAAAUUUUGCCUUGAAACAGCAGAACGAGAGCCAAGCGUCGUUUUAACGAACGGGAGAAAAAGUAAAAUGAAAGAUAAGGUAGAAAUCGUUGCUCGGAAGCGUGGCAACGGAAGUCGAAGAGGAGAACGAGCGAUCGCGAGCGAUAUCGGCGUAACGCAGACACCGGGAAGAAAGUUUUCCUGCGCUCGCGUCUAAUUCAACCGUGACCGAUUGAAACUUUCGGGAGCCUCGCGCGAGCGUGAUCGGAUGCGACGCUCGCGAUAAGGAUACGAACCGCGCUGGAAGAGAAAGAGCGGAGCGUCGGGCGAUUGUUAAUGUCCGAGAGCUACGGGGGGGACGAGAGAAAGUGCAUUUUCUGCGCGAAGAUGAUCAUCGGUCGUAGAUCAUGACGCAUUCGUCGACAGAUCGUCUGAUAGAAAUCAUAAGACUGCGGAAGAACUUACUGAACAAGAAACGCAAACUUUAUCUAUCUCGAGGUACUUGCGAGAGAAGCUUCCUUAGAUGCGCAAUUAGCUUUGAAAAGUAAGGAUUAGAAGUCUUGGUACUCUGCUUCUUAAUGGGGGAAACGAGUGCCGUUCUCUCAACAAAUUUCAUGUGAUAUGAAAAUUAGUGUAGGUGACGCUUAUUCGUACGUAUUGUUAAUUUUGAAUUUUUCUAAAUACAUAGAAAUAUCUCUUCUUUGUUGUGCAUUGUUAUUUUGCGUGUAUCUUUGUACACGAUGUGUAUUUGCCUGUCCAAUCGAGUGAGUUCAGCCAAUUUUAAUUCAGAAUUUUUGUCCCGUGCAAUAAUUAUAAAAUUUGAUGAAUGCAGAGCAAGAUUUAUGCAUGCAUACAGUCAUAGUUAGAUGUUAUGAAAUAACACGUUUAACAACCACCAUCUUGAAUUGUUCGUUUACUGUUCCAGUAAAGCAGUAAAAAUAAGUUAUAACGAAUAGCACUCGUUCCAUUUAUUAGGAAUUGUAGUACCAUAACUUUUUUAGAGCAGCUAAUUGUUCCGGGAGGCUUCCCUCGUUGCAGCGAGACAAAGAUGGCGACAGUUGGUUCGAUCAUGUCACCCAUGACAUUCGAAUCGACUGAUCGUACUUUUCGUCGGUUCGACGGUUUUCCUUUCUCGUAGGUUCGCUUUGUAACGUGUGUCUCCCUUAAUUUUGUACCGAGUUUCUUCGCGAUCGUGUUCGCCCCGAUGUACAUACGUUAGCGUAACAUUAAGAGGGAUUGUAGUCGCAUCCUUCUGAUUAUUUUGUUCUUGCUGUUAUUCACAAAUUAAUUCUAAGCCUGUGUUUAACAAAUAUCGCAAAAUCGCAAUGUGGAUAAAUAGUGCUGUCUAUCCGUUUCGUUUCUUUUCUCCGCCUUCUCCCGUGUUGAUUUUUUAUUAAGAGGGUGCAUACGGAAGAGUCUCGGAUUAAUUGGACAAACAUUGUUUAUGCCUGUUUUUUGGUUUUUUCUUCAUACAUUUUUCUUUUUGAUAGACGCGGGCAUCCUUGGUCUUGUUUAAACAUUGCCGCGCAUAUCGGAGAGACCGUGUAACGGUCGUGGGAGAUCGCACGUUUGUAGGAGAUGAUUAUUUAAGUUUAUUCGUGUGCAUACCAUUAUAAAUUUUAAUUAAUGCACCGUAGGUAAUUUUUGUAGAAAAUUUCAAACGAGUUACCAUGGAAGCUCGCCACUUUUAGCGUUAAGGGGUCUUUAAUUACCUAAAAUGCCAAGAAGUAUAGGGAACUAUAAAUAUUUAUUUUUUAACAGAACUUAUCUCUCCAGUUUCGUUGUAAGAUUAAUUUAAAUUACAAAUAUAGUAGCGGCCGGAAAAGUUUUCGCAUUAAAAAAAUGCCUUGUAGAUUUUUAAAUGAAAAUUUUUGAGAAUUCACUUAUUUAUAACAUUAUAAAUAGCAUUUAACUAAUUAUAACCAUUAUAAAACAUUUUCAGAAAAAUCAGUUUUUUUACCCACGUGAGUGUGCGGGGCCCCGAAAUAAUAUGCGAACCAGUAAAUGCACACGAAGGUCGUCUUGAUUUUAGAAACAUUCGAUGGCGGAUUUUCUUUUCUUUGUGCGAAACUGCACGCGGAGAUGUGAAUAUUAUUAAUAUUAAAAUAUUUUUGUAUUUUCUAAUCGAAGGGUUUGGAGAUUGGCGGUUUCGUAUGUGCUUGCUUAAUGUUAGGUCUUCCGCCCUUUCGUUUAGAUCCAUUUAAUAAAGCGUUCCCUUCCAUCGAUAAA